AGAGAGAGAGAGAGAGAGAGAGAGAGAGAGAGAGAGCUCUGAAAAACACUGGCGACGGCGACAUAGGUAGCCAGCUCGUCUUGGAAACCGUCCUUUGUGUGUUUGUCGUCUGCUCCAAUAAAACAGUGCGUCUGAGGUGUUUUGCUAGCAGCGAUACACUUUCACUAGCAACUCCAGCAGCAUGUCCGUGAAGCCAACUGAGGAGCCGGGUUUAGACGGAGGGUGGUACGGAGACGAUUUCCAGAAGGUGGGUCGAUUUGGGAAUACCGCAGGCCGGUUUCAGGAUCUGGAGGGUGAGCGGCAGCUGAAAGGCGAGUCAGGAGAGCAGAAACACUUCAACAAUUCCGAGAGCAACCGGCAGCCGCUCCCCGUUGCCAUGGAAACUGCAUCUACAGAUAAAUCAGACACAGACCUUCAGAAAAAAUCCACUGGUGACAUGGGUGACCCUUACACAUCUCUCCUGUCCAAUCAGAACUACUCCUCCAAACUGGACACCUCCUACUUUUCGGGUGACCUAGGUGGAGGGCAACAGAAGCAGCCAUGCAGCAUUAAUGACCUCAUGUCAAGCCUUGAGUCGCAGUCAGCCAUGUUCAGUUCAGACUCGGGCAUCGAGAUGACUCCAUGUGCUGACCUUGGCUACGGCUCCCACAAGCUGCACGACCCUGACAAGCCCUCUACCUAUAGCUACAUGGACAUCAGCGGCAGGGAGGGCCAGAACAGCCCACAGCGCUCCCCAGAGGACUGGGGCGGAGCUGCCACCUCGGAGCGCGCCCCGCCAUUUGGCCUGGGGGGAAGGUGUUACCUGGAAAAGAGCCCCUCGCCAGUGGAGGUGGAGACGCUGGGCCCGGCAGCAGUGCUGGACUCGCAGACAUUCCCCUACGUGGAGGAGCCCUCGGACGACGAGCUGUCCGACUACCAGCCAUACCACUCGCCCGGGACUGAGGGCAGUGCCAGCCCUAUCAAGAUCACCCUGACAGAGAUGCCGCCCACGUCGGUCUCGCCCAACGCCAGCCCCACGCCUCCGGUCACGGUGUCAGAGAAAGACAGCAUCCUGAGCCUGGGUCUGCAGGGUGUGCCCACUGUCACGCUGUCCGAGCCAGAGGAUGAGAGCCCCGGGUCCUCCACGCCACCACUCACAGAGUCGGAGUCUCCAUCGGAUCCCAUUAUCCAGGCUGGUGAAGUGAAAACCAUGAGCUCCACUAGGGCUCCACCCAAGCAGCAGAAUCCCUCAGCGGAGGUUAUGAGUCUCCCCUCUCUUCCACUGUACGCUGAGGUCGUUGACACCAGCAGUGGAGACUCAGGCGACUCCGAGAUCGAGCUGGUGUCUGAAGAGUCGAGCCCACAGGCUCCUAGCUCUGGCUACAUGAGCUUCAGCAAGAGCCCUAGCACCAGUCCAUCAGCCCCUGACCCUACCCCACCCUCUGCCCCUAACCCUACUCCUCCUCCUGCCCCUGCUCCUGCCCCUGCCCCUGCUCCUGCCCCUGCUCCUGUCACUGCUCCUGCCCCUGCCCCUGCUCCUGCCCCUGCUCCUGUCACUGCCCCUGCUCCUGCCAUGCAUUACAGCAUCCUACGGGAGGAGCGGGAGGCUGAGCUGGACAGCGAGCUGGCCCUGGAGUCCUGUGGUGAGGAGAGCCCAAAGAGAUUCCCCCAGGACACCGCCACUGGCAAAGGGCGCAGGGCCGACUCACGCCCGGCCGAGCCUCCGUUCCCCUCGGUUGCCACCUCUACCCCCACGAGCCCGGUGCCUCCACCUUCUGCCGCAGCCACCGGGAGCGCUCCCAAAGAAAAGAGCCUGAGUGCAGAGGAGAAGGCCAAGCCUGGCAGCAGUCCGGCAGCACCCAGCACAGGCCUGCCGGAGCUGAAGGUGGAGCGGCCUGCUGGAGAGACACACACGGAGAGGAGACGUUCCAGCCAGAGUCGCCACGGCUCCGAAAGACACACUGCACUGCCUGCCAUCUUCCCAGGCCUGACUAGAGAGAAGGCGAUGGAGCUGUUGUACUGGCGGGACCUAAAGCAGACAGGUCUGAUGUUCAGCAGCAUUCUGUUGCUGCUCUUCUCUCUGACUCAGUUCAGUGUGGUCAGCGUCAUCGCCUACCUGGCCCUGGCAGCCCUGUCCGCCACCAUCAGCUUCAGAGUCUACAAAUCCGUACUGCAGGCCGUGCAGAAGACCGACGAGGGACACCCCUUUAAGUCUUAUCUGGAGGUGGAGAUCUCACUGUCCCACGAUCAGAUGCAGCGGUAUGCAGAGAACGCCCAGUACUACAUGAACAGCACUCUAAAGGAGCUGCGCAGACUCUUCCUAGUGCAGGACCUGGUGGACUCACUAAAGUUUGCAGUGCUCAUGUGGCUGCUGACCUAUGUAGGAGCACUCUUCAACGGUCUCACUCUCCUCAUCAUGGCCGUGGUGUCAAUGUUCUCUAUGCCUGUGGUCUAUGAGAAAUACCAGGCACAGAUUGACCAGUAUUUGGGACUAGUAAGGACUCAAGUAAACUCAGUGGUGGGAAAGAUCCAAGAGAAGAUUCCUGGGGCCAAGCGAAAGGCUGAGUAAAGUCCAGAGAGCCACUGGAGAAUGCUGGGAAGCCCUGACCACCUCACCCCUUAUUACAGAACAAGAGUUUCCUGUUGGUCAGAGGGUUUCCCAUCACACACACACACACAUACACACACACACACACACACACACACACGUUACUGGAGCAUAGUUCUACUUUGUGCACACUGUGGUGUCUAGAGCAGCAGCCAAGCCAUUCAGGAGAAGUCCCACCCUCACCCAGUAACUAUAGAGAAAAAAAGACACACUGUCACUCUAGCACUAAGCUCUACUGAAGAAAAAAAAAUCAAUGAAUUAUAGGAAUAAGUUGAAACAAAAAUGAAGCAAAACCACCAAAAAAAAACAAAAACCUAGAUGUGUUUUUUUUGUGUUGCUUAUUAAGUGCAUGAAGUCAAGAGUCUUAAGUGCUGAUGCAUUCCGUGCUUUCUUCUCGUUUCCUUUGUUCUUGGCUUUCUCAGCUGUGCUGAAGAUGUUUCUCUGUAGUGUGUGAAUGAUCUCUUCAGCUUUAGUGCUCUCCUGUGAUAGUCUCUUCUUCUUCAAGAAAAAAAGGCAAAAAACCAGCUUCUUUUGUCUCUGGGGCAGUGAGUGGGGCUUCUCUUCUUUCAGUAUACCUGGAAACAUAUAAACAUAAAUAUUAAAUAUCAGCUAGCUGCGCGGCUCUGCCAAGGUUUACCUUCUCUAUGUGGAACAAGAGCAAAUAUUUAGCAAUGUCCUGAUUAGGUAUGGUAAACUAAUUUGUAGUGGGUUUUUUUUAUAAUUUGUUACAGGAACUACACAGACUCAUGUUUUUAGGUACUCUCAUCAACUUCUUUUAAAUAAAAUGUAAAUGAAAGAGAGAGACGGAGGAGGAGAAAGCUUAAAGUGAGCGAAUGCCAGCUUUGGUGAUUCUGUCCAUCUUUGUACUGUGUUGACUGUAGUUCUUCUUAGCCAUGGACUCUUAACUAUUUGCACUUAAAAUGUACUCGUUACUGAAUGCGAAAAUAAAUGUUCUUAAAUGUA